AUGACUGCGGUUGCUUCAACGGCGAGCAUUGUCCACCAACGAAGGCACAAUCGUAUGCCAGGCCCCAAGUUCGCUCUCCUAGACGGAUUGGCGGGUACCGCCUAUCUUGCGAUACUCAUUCCGAUCUGGGCGGUCGAGGUUGACGAUCUGGGGUCAGCGGGAUAUGGCUUCUUGGCUGGAUACGCAACAGCUCCCAUGAUUGUCAACAUGUUUGUCCACUUCUACUUCUUUGCUUGCAAGGCUCGAGCGAUGUGGUUUGCGUUGCGUACUCCGACGGUACAUGAGUGCCCCAACUGCCACCACGACCUGACGGUAGGCACUCCACAGAUCAAAGAGACGAACAAGGGUGGAGCGCGGUACAGCUUGCUGCGUGGAGAAGACUAUCUCGAUGCCGACGCUGAUGCCGAGCGCUACAUCGAUGAGAGCGCGAGGCCUUCCGAGGAGCAGCUCCGACCUGAGGGUGAUGACAAGGAAGACAAGGGCAAGUCCAGCAUCGAUGUCUGA